AUAUUUGGUCCAGCUGAGCUUCGUAGCAAUUUGAAACCAGUUCUGGAUAAAUUAUUGAGUAUGAGAGCAUCGAUGCCAUUCAAGAGCCGAUUGCGUUCAAAAAAUCCCGAAAAACAGCACGCAAUAGAUCUAUCGGUUAUAAGUAGCAAACUGCGUCGAGGACUGUAUAAAAAUCCGUGGGAUUUCAACGAUGAUAUGUGGUUAAUGUUUGAGAACGCCUGGAUGUGCCAUCGCAAGAACUCAAAAGUGUACAGCUACUGCAAUAAGCUCAGCCAAGUGUUUGUGGAACAGAUCAAUCCGGUGAUGAAAAAACUGGGCUACUGCUGUGGUCAGAAACUUUCGUUUACUCCACCAUCACUGUACUGUGAUGGAAACUCGCUGUGUACGAUUGCAAGAGACCAAUAUUAUCACGUUUAUGAAGCUACGUAA